AGAGACGUGACAAGACACCAAUGGCCAGAGCACUGGCUGCGUUCAUCCUUCUUAUCUCAUUGAUUUUGGCCGGAACCCUAAAUGCUCCUGACAACAUACCUCUGAUCCAAACUGGACUUGGUGAAACUGUGAAUCUGACAUGUAAUACAUCUGGGCAUGAAAAUGGAUUGUUUUUCUGGUAUAAGAUGAAUUAUGGAUAUAUGGUCCAAACGAUUGCUUCAGGUACUUUUGGAUCUAUAAAAAGGAAAAAUCCUUUUCUGGAAUCAAGAUUUCAAAUUGAUAACAAAGGGAGCAUGCAUAUCCUCACCAUCAUUAAUGUCAGCAAAGAGGACGAGGCAAUAUACUUAUGUCAAGCAGGAGCAGCAUACACACUUAAAUUUGUUAAUGGGACAAACUUGGCUGUAAAUGAUUCUCGAAAUAAGAAGUAUCUCUAUGUGGGCCAAACUUCGGACGGGAAGUCUAUUUCACUUGGUACUGAGGUGACUCUGCAGUGUUCACUCUUCUCUGAGAGGACAGAAAAAGAAAGCCUAGACCAGUGCACGGAUGAACACAACGUGUUCUGGUUUAGAGCACAAUCAGAAUCUAAUCCAGGAUUCAUCUAUGCUGAUAAAAAGCACUGCAGGAAACAAGAAGAGAGGAGCUGUGAAUACCGGCUGUCCAAAACUGUUAAAAACCCCUUGGAUACUGGGACUUAUUACUGUGCCGUGGUUACAUGUGGCGAGAUCCUGUUUGGAGAAGGAGUCAAAGUGGAGACAAGACAAGAGUUUUGCCUGUAUGCUAUUGUGCUCUGUGGACUUUUGGCUUGUUCUGUACUUGUCAACCUCGCUUUGAUUUUUACAAGGAAAAAGCCAAAGCAGCUUCAUGACAAUCACCAAGGAGAUUUAAUUGACGCAGCUCAUACUGAACUGGAUGAGGACCAACCAUACAAUGUGCGGGAAAGUGAAGAAGAUGGGAUGAACUAUGUGGCACUAAACUUCUCUGCACGAAAACCUACAAGAUGGAAGAAUAAGAGGGAGACAUCUGAUGAGUGUACAUAUUCAAACAUUAAAAUGUCCAUUAAAGGCAGUGUUCAUCAAAAGUGAUCAUCUUAAAUGAGCUUUAUACACAAUCCUACUUGUUGGUGAUGAUUAAAUAUUGACUUUAAGAGGAAGUGGUGCUUGUUAAAAAUAUUGUUAUAUGUUUUAGCAUGUAAGACUUUUUUUUUUUAUAACUGGUUAUAUGCUAUUAAUAACUAUGUUUUAUCCUGAUUGAUUUUAUACAUGUUUAAGGAAGAGCAUUAGCUAAAAUAUAUAAAAUUAUUUCUCUAUAUUAUUUGGCGCAUUAGCCCUUUAUCUUACGCUCUACUAUUUUAUUAAACAAUCACUGCACAAGUUUUAUAGUUAUAGAUCAUAAAGUAAUAGAGCGUUAUAAAUAUAUUACAGAUUAUUGUUCUGUGUGCUAAGUUAAGAGUUUUUAACAAUCAUUUCAUUAUUAAAACAUUCCCUGAUUAAAAGCUAUAUAGCCUCAAAGGUUGCACUUUUCUGUUCCUCAUUAACUGUACAAUGUA